GAGGAGGAGCUGUCAAAGUUUCCCAGAGAAGGAAAAAGUCUCCCAGUUGACGAGAAAGACCCAGGGAUCCAGAACCGUCGAGAGGCCGGAAUACCGCGCGUGGUUGGCAUGGAAUGACACCUUCUCGCCAGGAGCUUCCAAAAACACGAUGGCAACCCGUUUUCUGGAGCGGAUCGGUCUCACCUCUCUGCUCUGUCUGUGCUGCUGCGUUCUGGCGGAAAGGAAAGUAUGCCAAGGCAUCAACAACCAAUUAAACCUUCUGGGAACCAGCGAGGACCACUAUAUGAACUUGGUGAAGACCUACAGCAACUGCACUGUGAUCCUGGAGAACCUGGAGAUCACCCACAUGGAGGAGCACCGUGACCUGUCCUUCCUCAGGUCUAUUGAAGAAGUGGGCGGUUAUGUCCUGAUCGCGCUCAACACGGCGUCCAGGAUUCCCCUGGAGAACCUGCGCAUUAUUCGAGGUCACUCCCUCUUUAAAAGGAAGUUUGCUCUUGCCGUGCUCGCGAAUUUCAAGAAAGGUACAGGUCAGGCCACCACUGAGCUUCUUCUGACCAGCCUGACAGAAAUUCUUAAAGGAGGUGUGCAGUUUGGGAACCAGCAGCUUUGCAAUGUGGAAACAAUACAGUGGAAUGAUAUUGUCAACAUUGACAGCAAGCCUGCCAUGGAGCUCCCAGUGGCCAGCAACAAUCCACGCUGUCAGAAAUGCCACUCGAGCUGCUUCAACGGUUCGUGCUGGGGACCUGGCCCUGAACACUGUCAGACCUUAACAAAGCUGAACUGUGCACAGCAGUGCUCGAAGAGAUGCAAAGGUCCUUCACCCAGCGACUGCUGCAAUGAGCACUGCGCUGCAGGCUGCACGGGACCACGGCCCACCGACUGUCUGGCCUGUCGGGACUUCCAGGACGACGGGGUGUGUAAGGACUCCUGCCCGGGCCUCAUGCGCUACGACCCCAACCUGCACCAGCUGGUACCCAACCCACAUGGAAAGUACAACUUCGGGGCCACCUGUGUCAAGAGCUGCCCACAUAACUAUGUUGUGACUGAUCAUGGAGCGUGCGUGCGGACAUGCACCGGCAACACGUACGAGGUGGACGAGGGAGGAAUCAGGAAGUGCGCCAAGUGUGACGGGCUGUGUCCAAAAGUGUGCAAUGGACUCGGAACAGGAGACCUGAUGCACACCAUGUCUAUCAAUGCCACCAACAUUGACUCCUUCAAGAACUGCACGAAAAUCAAUGGUAACAUUGAUAUCAUCCACACAUCGAUUUACGGGGACGCAUUCACCAAAACACCAAAGAUGAAUCCUUCCCAGCUUGAUGUGUUUAAGACGGUUAAAGAAAUUACUGGGUACUUGUGGAUUCAAACGUGGCCAGAGAGCAUGAGCUCACUCAGUCCUUUUGAAAAUCUGGAGAUCAUUCGAGGACGGACGAAGCGCGGUAGCCGCAGCGUGGUUGUGAUUCAGCUCAGUAUCACCUCCCUGGGCCUCCGCUCCCUCAAAGAAAUCAGCGACGGCGACGUGGUCAUCAUUAAGAACCAGAACCUGUGCUACACCAACAAAAACCACUGGACGAGGCUCUUCAAAUCGGACAGCCAAAGUGCCACCAUAGAUGAAAAUGCUGAUGCGUCCACGUGUUCUCUGAGGAACAACACUUGUGACAGGAAGUGUACCACGGACGGCUGCUGGGGCCCCGGCCCGGACAUGUGUUUCGCCUGCCGUGACUACAGCCGUGAUGGGAGCUGUGUUGACUCUUGCAACAUCCUCGAGGGAGCGCCGCGGGAGGCCGUCGUGAACACAACCUGCGUGGAGUGUCACCCCGAGUGUCAGCUCAUGAACGGGACUACAACCUGCAGUGCCCCGGGUUCUGGUAACUGUACGAAGUGUGCCAACUUCCAGGACGGCCUGUUCUGCGUGUCCCGAUGUCCCCAAGGCGUGCCCGGGGAGGACGACACGCUGGUGUGGAAAUACGCGGACGAGAUGAAAGUGUGCCAGCUGUGCCACAAAAACUGCACUCAAGGGUGCGUUGCGCCUGGUCUCGAAGGCUGCCAGAGUAAGAGCUCCUCCGGCCUUUCCAUGAUCGCGGCGGGUGUAGUUGGUGGACUGCUGGCUGUUCUCAUUGCGGGCCUGUCCGUCUUCGUGUUGCUACGCCGACGCCACAUCAAGAGGAAGAGAACCAUGCGUAGACUUCUCCAAGAGAGAGAGCUUGUUGAACCUUUGACUCCGAGCGGCGAGGCACCAAACCAGGCUCUGCUGCGGAUCCUGAAGGAACCCGAAUUUAAGAAAAUUAAAGUGCUGGGAUCAGGAGCUUUUGGUACAGUUUACAAGGGCCUGUGGGUUCCAGAGGGGGAGGAUGUGAAGAUCCCAGUGGCCAUCAAGGUUUUGAGAGAAGCCACAUCACCGAAAGCAAACAAAGAGAUCUUGGACGAGGCUUAUGUGAUGGCCAGCGUGGAGCACCCCCAUGUGUGUCGUCUGCUCGGCAUCUGCCUGACGUCCACGGUGCAGCUCGUCACCCAGCUGAUGCCCUACGGCUGCCUGCUGGACUAUGUCAGAGAGAACAAGGACAACAUUGGCUCCCAGUAUCUGCUCAACUGGUGUGUGCAGAUAGCGAAGGGUAUGAACUACCUGGAGGAGCGCCACUUGGUACACCGUGACUUGGCAGCGAGGAACGUCCUGGUGAAGACUCCUCAACAUGUCAAGAUCACCGACUUUGGUUUGGCCAAACUCCUCAACUCGGAUGAGAAAGAGUACCAUGCAGAUGGCGGAAAGGUACCAAUUAAAUGGAUGGCCCUUGAAUCUAUCCUGAAUCGAACAUACACACAUCAGAGUGACGUAUGGAGUUAUGGUGUAACAGUUUGGGAGCUGAUGACGUUUGGGACCAAACCGUAUGAUGGGAUUCCAGCCAGUGAAAUAGCCGGGGUCCUGGAGAAGGGGGAGCGACUGCCUCAACCACCAAUCUGCACCAUAGAUGUCUACAUGAUCAUGGUGAAAUGUUGGAUGAUUGAUGCGGAUAGCCGACCUCGUUUCCGCGAACUAAUAGCUGAGUUUACAAAGAUGGCUCGGGAUCCUUCUCGUUAUCUGGUCAUUCAGGGUGAUGACUGCAUGCACCUGCCGAGUCCCACAGACGCCAAAUUGUACCGCAGCCUGAUCAGCGGGGAGGACAUGGAGGACGCGGUGGAUGCAGAUGAGUACCUGGUGCCACAACAUGGCUUCUUCAGCAGCCCGAGCACCUCCCACACCCCGCUGCUGCACUCCACGAGCCUCAACAGCAGCAUCGGAACGUGCCACAGCAGGAAUGGCUUAAUGAACGGAUUCCCGAGCAGAGAUGGAAGCAUCGUUCUCCGGUAUAUUCCUGACCCCACCGACAAACUAUUAAACAGCGCCUUCCAGCCAGCUCCAGACUACAUGAACCAGAACGGAGUCUCAGAUGUGAUGAAUCCCAUCUACCAGCACCCGGGUCCCCCCCGCGCCAUCCUCCCCACCAUCUCUUCAGACGACACAGAAACAGAGUACCUGAACUGCUUCAGAGACGAGGCCAACGGACCCGAGUACCUCAACGAGGUCCCGUCCCCCGCCGUCCUCCCGCUCACCUCCAACGGCACGGUCCACAGCAUUCAGAAGUACCAGCCCCAGAACAGCAUAGACAACCCUGAUUACCAGCAGGAUUUCACUCCCACCUUCAAGACCCACACCAAUGGGCACAUCCCGGCGGCGGAGAACGCAGAGUACCUGGGUCCAGACUGAGGACUUAUGAUACAGAAAAGAAAUAAGAAACUGUUUUCUGUUCCAGGAAGUGAGGGCAUUGACGUCUUAGUUAAGUGGUACCGCCAGUCAUCAUAUGUGCUGUCUUAGAGAGUCAGGUGACACUUUGUGCAGCUUCCCGUGUUGUUUGCAUGCAGUCAUACUUGUCACGCAGAACCCCUCUCAGAGUUUUCCUUUCUCGCCACCAAACUGCAAACGGCUCUUUCGCGAUGAAAGCUGGACCGAAGCUGCCGCGUACGUGACUCAGUUGACCUGAGAGUUGCCGGACCAGACACGCAUAUUGUAAACUCCCGCCAGAAAGUGAAAAAUCUCAGAAGUGAAAAUCUCUCUAAUUGUUCUGCACAAGAGGACUACGAUUUAAAGGAUGGAAACGCCUCCAUUUUUUUUUUUUUGGGGGAGGCAGAAACGCUAUUGCAAAGGACAGAAACUGGCAGCUCGACCCAGACCACGACCUGAGGUACACGUGUUGCAGGAUCACAAUCACAGCGGUGCUCUCACUUGACGCCAAUGUGAAGCCUCAGAACAUUUCUCUCUGCUGAAGUCAAGACGAUUAAAGGGAGGUUUUAACAGUAAAAUGACUGUUGAGGUCCUCGGAGGCCUGACGACACUCGUCCUGAAGGAUGAGUCAAUGAGGAAACAUAAUGUUGCAAUUUAUAGAAUGUAUAGCCAAUGUAAAGGGGAAUACUGUUGAAUUGUAACAUUAAAAUAUGUUACCUUUAUGCUCUAAGACAGCUCUGUAUGUAUUUCAAAUUGGCUGAUGUCUCUCUUAGACUGAAAUAAGAGAGUUUCCUGUCGCCUGGUGUGUGAUAUCACACUAACUAUGUAGAGAAUGUAAUGGUAAACAUAGCAGAUGUGACUGUGGUCGUAUGCACACUGCUGGGUUUUACAGUUGAGAACCUGCAGCACUCUUGUAGCAUGAAGCGUAUUUGUGUGGACCCACAAAGUCAGCUGAGCUUUAUCAGUGUGGAAGCAAAACUGAAAGAAGCCAACAAACUUCAAAACAGUAGAGAGGUAAAAACCAUCACUUCCAAAUGCAUUUAAAUAAAGUUUUCACUGUUUUUAUUUUUUUUCACUUGAAAAAUGCUGUCUUAGCUCAUGUGGAGAACUUGUUUGAAUUUUUAGAUUGGAAGUAGUAUUUCCCAGUAAACAUGAGUUGUUAUCUGAAUGGCUCUAUGUCAAGUCACACAUGUUCCUGAUGUUCUUCCCCCUUUUUUUUAGACUAUUGUUUCAAGCCUGGUGUUGACACCACAUCUAUGAAUCUUCUCUGAGCUUUAAAGUCUUGUAGUCUUUUCCAUUAUUAUUCCUAGUUUUAAAGGAAUAUACUAUUGUAGCAACCCGUAAGCCUUCUUUUGCAGAUUUUACACAGGUACGUGUCCAGAAAACAGUGAUUAUGCUGCAAUAUACCCCAAAAUAGUCACCUAUAAUUUAUACUCAUUACACAGUUUUGUCACAUCAUACGUGAAUAUGCACUUAAUCCUGAAUUGUGAUGAUUUCAUUCAAAAGUGAACAUGAAUAAAUCUCUUUUUUUUUAAGAAAA